UCCCAGCUGGCCAAUCAGAGGCGAGAAAGUUUUGUUUCCGGGAGUGUUUGGUGAUGUGGCUCUAAAACCCAUCCGAGGAAUUUAAGACAAAUCAAAAGCAGGCGGAUUUACUGCAGGAGCUCCAUCAUCGUCCUGACUUGAUGUUAAGCCGUCUGGCCAACGUCCUCCAGGAGCUUUCUGGAGAGGAGGGUGCAGAUGGAAACCAAGAGGGCAUGCUGGUUCCUCAGCUCCCUGCCGGAGAGGGUCCGACUCCGGGGGAUGCUGAGGUUCCUGAGGACGCCAUGGAGAGGCUGGCCCACCUGGAGCAGCUGGUGGUCCAGCUGAAGGAGCUCAUUCGAGACAAAGACACGCAGCUGCUGCAGAAAGAGACUGAGCUGACCAACAAAGAUGCUCAGCUUAAGAAUGAGAAGGAAGAAGCUGAAGCUCGCUUCACCAAACUCAAACUCCAGGCUAAAGCCAAGAUGGCUUCGCUUAACAAACAGAUAAAUGAGCUAAAAGGAGAAGCAGGAUCAGCGCAGAGUGCGGACAGCUCGUUUACUGCUGCUGGGGCAGCGGUCGAGCAGGAGCUUCAGGACCUCAGAGCCAAGCUGAGUGAGGAGGAGGCCAACAGCCGGGAGCUGAAGGAGCGACUCGUGGCGUCUGAACAGCUGCUCCAAGAGAAGGAGGCAGCCCACGCCGAGCAGCUGCGGGUGCUGCAGGCGGUCGUCGCUGAGAAGGACGUCCGUUUCCAGGAGCAGAUUCAGAGACAUGAAGAGGAGCUGCUGAAGGUCAGCGCUCAGUCGCAGGACGGCGCUGAGCUGCAGCAGGCGCUGCAGGCAUCUCAGCAGCGCUGCACUGAGCUGGAGGAGGCUUUAAACUCUCGCUCACAAGAGCUGGAAAUGCUGCAGCAGGAAGUGAGCAGCGCUGAUCAACAAAAGCAGAUCUUGACGGCUCAGUUCCGGCAGAUGGAGCAGGAGCUGACUGAGGCUGUAAGGCUGAGGCAGGAGUGGGCUGAGCAGGCCAGCCGGGGGGAAGCAGAGCUCGCCACCCUCAGAGCCAGCCUGGAGGCUCUGGAGAAGGAGAGGAUGGAGGCAGGGAGGCAGGAGAGCGAGCUGACCACCCUGAGGGAGACAGCGCUCCUCAGUCAGCAGGACUUGGAGAAGGAGAGGAUGGAGGUGUCCAGGUUGGAGGCAGAGCUGGCUCAGAUGAAAGAAGCCGAGCUAGCAGCCGCCCAAGCGCACAGCGAGGCUUCGGGGAGAGACGAGGCGGAAAUCGCACAGCUUCAAAGCGAAAUUGCGUCACUUAGAGAAGCAGAUUCUGCAAAUAGCCAGGCCAGGGAGGAAACCUUAGAGCAAGAGAGGUCAGAGGUCAAUAACCUGAAGAAAGAGCUGGAAGGCAUGCAGAAGAAGCAGGAGACUCUGGAUGAAAUCUGGAGACGUCUUUGUUCACUUUCUCCUGAAACGAUGCCAGAGGAUAUCCCAGACCCUGCUGAGCCCUCUCUGCUCCUGGACGCCGUGCGAUCCGUAGAGACGCGCCUGACGACGCUGAUGGAGGAAAGCAGGGAAAGGAGCGAGCAGUGUUCCCAGCUCACCCAAAGCAUGGAGGCCCUGCAGGAACAACUUCACCUAAAAACAGCAGAACAAGAGGAGGCCAGGGUCAGGAUACAGCAGCUGGAGCAGCACAUGGAAGAAAUGUCAAACACAAAUCUGCCUCAAACUUCAGUGGAUUCAUCUGAAGCUGAAAAAACACACAUAUUGGCGCUGGAGCAGCAGCUUGCAGAAAAAGAGAGCGAGCUGGCUGCCCUGCGUGGAGAAGCAGAGGAUGAGGAAGUGACAACAGCUCCUGCUGAAGACGCACCAGAUGAAGAAAGCACCUUAGUUGCAGAGGACACCUCUGUCCUCUCCAUUCCUGCUGAUAACGAGAGCAGCCCAGAGCUCAUCGGACCCCAGUCUGAGUCUCCCGAAGAAUCAAAAGGAACCUCCUCAGAUGAGAUGGUCACCAGCACUGAUUCAGAGGUUGCCCACAGCAGCUGGACUCUCCUGGAGGCCAUGAACCAAGACGGAGCUCAGGAGUGGCCCUCCGUGUCUCAGGACGUCGGUCAGUCCUGGGUGGCAACCAGCAUGGAGCAGGAAGCCUCCACAGUCCGAACAGAGUCGUCCUCCGUUGUCAUCAGAGAGACGGUCCAAGUUCACCUGACCCAGCAGGGUUCCUCCUCUGCCGAUUCAAACAUGUCUGUCUUUGCUCAGGCUUUGGCUGAGGAGCUGCAGAAAAGGUACAGCGAACUCCUGGCAGAGCUGCAGAGGCUUAGAGAGACAGCCGAGGCGUCGCAGGAGAGAAUCCAGAGCCUGGAAGAGGAAGCUCGGUCCCUCACUGAGGCCAAAGAAGAGGCAGAGGCUGAAGCGCUGCGGUUAUCCAAAGAGCUCCAGUCAAACCAGGAAAAUGGCAGCAUAGUGGUGAAACAGAGAGUCGACAUCAAACUCCUAGAAGAGGAGUUGGAGAUUUUAAGCAACGAAAAAAGAAGCAGGGAGCAGAAGAUUGAGGCUUUACAGGAAGACCUGGAAACAACGAAGCGGGUUCUGUGUGAGCAGGAAGGUGAGGCGCGCAUGCUGAGCGCUCAGCUGGAGGACAGAGAGCUCCUUUCCUCCGAGCUACAGAGGAGGCUUCAGGAAAUGGAGAACAGCUUGUUGGAACAAACUCAGACCUCAGAUCUGCACAGCGAGUCGUUAUUAAAGAAGGACUCGGAGAUUCAAGAGCUACAGCUUCUGUUCACCCAGAAAGAAAAGGAGCUGCUGGAGCUUAAUGACAGCAUGUCCACAAAACUGCUCGGAGCAGAAGAAGAGAUGUUUAAGAUGAAAGGGGAAGUGAGUAAACUGAAGGAGCAUAUAGAAGAGCUGGAGAAGGUCAGAGAUGACAAAAAUCAGGCAUCAGGCGAGGAAGAAGAGCUGGCUGGCUUAAGGAAAGAGAAGGAAGAGGUGGAAACGCAGCUGGCGAACACAAAGAAGAAGCUGCAGGCAGCACUGGUGCAACGCAAGGAGCUGAUGAAGAAAGUCAACGAGUUUGAGAAGGAAGCAAAAAGGUGGAAAGAAAAGGAUGAAUCGGAGACAGAAGAAGCUCCUGAAAAUCUCCCUCAAAGACCAGAGAUCCAGAACUUGGAGGCAAAGAUCAGGAAGCUAGAAGAAGAUUUAAGAUCUAAAGAUCAGGAAGUGGGGAGUCUGGAGCAGAGACUUAGCCACCAGGAUCAAGUCCUGGCUGAGACACUUACUCUGAACAGAAAGCUGAGUGAAGAAGGUGGAACGGCUCCACAGCCUCCAGAAAAUGCAGCCUUACAGUCCCAGGUCACCUCUCUGGAAGCUGAGUGUGAAACACUCCAGAAGAAGGUUCAGGAAGCCCAAGAGUCCCGCAAAGAAACCAUCCGCAAGGCCAAGGAGAAAGACCGGCACCACCGCGAACAGAUGAAGCAACAGAAGGAGGACUUCAACGAGCUGAUGGAGCGCUUCGAGGCGCAGAGCGGAGAGCGGGAAGGUCUCCUGGACAAGCUGAGAGAACUGGAGGAAAAGGUGAGCUCAGGAGGAGAUCCACGUCCCGAAGCGGCUCCGACUCCCGUUACAAACGACUGGGUCCAAGAGGACUGGGUGGACUUUGUUGCAACGGAGACGGAUUCAUUGAAACCACAAGCAGGCGAUCCGGAUCAGCCCCCGUCAGAGCCGUCUCCUGCUGUAUCUGAGCCGCUGGAGGAGUCGCUCCAAGCUCUCAAAGCCGAGAUCCAAAACGUUCGGCACGCAAACUCCGAGUUGGAGAAACAGCUUCAGGAAGCUCAUAGCGUUUUGUCGCUGAGGGAGUCUGAGAUACUGGAACUGGGUAAAGAGCUGGAAGCACUGAGGGAGAAGGAAAACCAGAUCCACGCCCUCUCCGAGGAGAUGAGUGAACUUCAAGAAAAGUAUCGCCAAGCUGAGGCCUACACAGAAACCCUAAAGGCGGAGAUGGAAGCUGCAUCCAAAGCCGCUGCAGAAUCAUCCAUGAAAACUCUUCAGGCCGAAGUGGAAGAGUUCAAGCAGUUCCUGGACAACAAGAACCAGGAGAUAACCGAGCUCAGCGUGCAGCUCAGCGAGCAGAACUCCCUUAUUCGCUCAAUGCAGGACGCUGUAUCUGAGAAAGACCUGUCCAUUAGUUCCUUACAGGAGCAGCUGAAGGCAGAGAAAGAGAAAACACUGAAGCUGGAAGCUGAGCUUCCACAGAAACAGGAAGACCACGGCGAGGCGAAGCUCAAGGAGCUUCAGCGAAAGCUGCAGGCUGCUCUGGUGUCUCGCAAAGAGGCUCUCAAAGAAAACAAGACGCUGAAGGAGCAGCUCGCUUCAGCCGAGAAGAUGGCAGCUGAGCUGCAGCAGAAGAUGGACUCAACAGCAGAAGAGCUGGAGAAUUUAAGAAGCGAGAGAGCAAGACUGAUUGAGGAGGUGGACCGGACGUUAGUGGAGAACCAAAGUCUGGGGUCGUCAUGUGAGAGCCUGAAGCUGGCGAUGGACGGCUUAAUCAGCGAGAAGGACGCCUGUAAGAAGGAAGGGGAGCUGGCGAAGGAGGAGGCAGCUAGGAGGUGUAGGGAGUGGGAGGACAAAGUCCAAGGAAUGAAGGAGGAGUACGAGACUCUGCUUAAGUCGUACGAGAACGUGAGCGACGAAGCGGAGCGAGUGAGGAGGGUCCUGGAAGCCGCCAGGCAGGAGAGACAGGAGCUGGCAGCCAAGGUGAGAGCUCAGGAAGCCGCCAAGCAGGAGUCUGAGAAGCAAGUGGAGGAAGCGCAGAAAGAGCUGGACUCUGUGAAGGACAAGAUGAGAAAGUUCGUAAAGACGAAGCAGCAAAAGAUACUGGAGUUGGAAGAGGAGAACGAGAGACUCCGGGAGAUGCAAGAAAGGUCCGCUUCGAAACAGGAAGACGGCGGCUUCAGAGCUGAAACGGAGCGCUUUCAGGAGGAGAACGGAGCUCUGCGGGCUGAACUGGAAGCUGCCACGGCAGAAAGAGACGCUUUGAGGCGGCAGAUCGAGGAGCUGAAGGAACAACUCGCUGACAUGGAGGAGAAACACAAAGAAGUCGACCCGCUGCCCUCUGCGGCUGUCGUAGAGGAGGUCGUUACAGAGCUGACAUCGGACGCUGUCACGACUGCAGCAGAGCCUCCAGGCGAUCGCACGGAUGUGGAAGAAAAGGAGGCAGAAGAAAUGCCUGAGAAAGCUCAGAGUUUAUUGGAGGAUAAAAUGAGGGAGAUUGAGAGUCUGAAUGCAGAGAGGGAACUUUGGCGAAAACGGGAAGCUGAGCUACAAACCGAACUGGCCUCUCUGGAGAGAGAGCUGAAGGAGAGCAAAGCCGACGAGACGCUUCUGGCUUCCUUAGAAAAGGACCUUCAAGAGAGCAAGGAGAGAGAGAAACAUCUGACUGAGGAAGCUUCGAAGAGGGAAGCCCAGUUCAAAGAACUCCUUGGAAGUCUGGAAGCUGAAAAAGACAACCUGGAGGAGCGUCUGAUGAACCAGCUUGCCCAGCUCAACGGGAGCAUCGCCACGUACCAGCAGGAAGCAGCGGACCACCGGGAACGCCUCGCCGAGAUGCAGCAGGAGGCAGAGAGGCUGCUGGGGGAGCGGUCUGAGCUGGAGGCAGAGGUUCAGCGGGAGAGAGACCGAGCCGCCAGGCUGGAGGAGGACAUGAGGCAGGCCAGGCGAGAGAGAGCCGAAGCAGAGGCCGAGUCCGGCAAGCAGAGGGAGCUGGAGCAGCAGCUGAGGUCCGCCCAGAGGGUCAAAGAGGGCAGCCAGAGCCGAGCCAAGCAGCUGGAGCAGCUGCUGAGGGAGAAGCAGCUGGAGGUGCGGCAGCUGCAGAGGGACUCCAUCCAGUACCAGGAGACCAUCAGCCAGCUUGGAAGAGAAGCUAAAGCCCUGCAGCUCAGCCAGGAGGAGCUCCAAGGCAAGCUGGAGGAGUCAAAGCAGCAGAGCUCCAGAACUCUAGAAGAUCUGAGGAGGACUGAAGCGGAGCUGGAGAGCUUCAAAUCCCAACUAGCUGAGGCGCAGAAAGAGGCGAGCGAGGCGGCCGCCGCAAGAACAGCCAUGGAAGAAAGCAUCCAGCAGCGGGAGGCCGCGCUGAAGGCCGAGGCGGAGCAAACUCUGGACUCUGUGAGAUUCAGACUGGGAGCUGAGCUGAAGGAGAUGGAGCUCAGAUUGGAUGAGGCCUACGCAGAGCGGGAGAAGGAGGAGGAAGCCACGCUGCAAGCCAGAGAGGCGGCCGAGGCUGCGGAGAGGCGAGCUCAGGAAAGCCAAGCUCGUCUGGACGAGUCCCUGGCCCGGUUAGCCGCCUUCUCCCGCAGCAUGUCCUCCCUGCAAGACGACAGGGACCGAGUUCUGGAUGAAACCCGGCAGUGGGAGACCCGCUUUAACAGCGCUCUGCAGGGGAAGGAGGCCGAGGUCCGCCAGGCCGAAACGCGGGCCAAGGAACUGGCCGACCAGCUUCAGAAAGAGACGGCGCUGAAAGAGGAGCUGGGACAAACGGUAAAAAGAUUGCAGAAAGCAGAACAGGAUUGCCAGCAGAGAUUGGAAGAAGAAGAAAAGAAGGUGAUAGAACAUCAAAGUAUCCUGGAGCAGGAAAGAGCUAAACUCCAGCAAACCACUUCAGAGCUGGCUUCUGCUCAGAGCGAAGCCAGCAGCCUCAAAAACGAGCUGGAGAGUCUGGGUCAGAGAGCCCGGGCUCUGGAGGAGGCCGUCGGGAAACUGACAGGAGAAGUGGACCGAGCCAGAGCCGAGCUGAGGGAACGGGAGGCCGAAGAGAGGCGCCUGUGUCUGAACGUGGAGCAGCUGGAGACGGACCUGCGUUCCUCCAAGGUUCUGACUGAGAGCUUACAGUCAGAGUUACAGGAGAAGGAAAGGAGAGAAGUGGAGCUGCUGGGAGAAAAGGAGCAAGCCGUCACUCAGGCAGCAGAGGAGGCCCGGAAAGAGGCUGACGGCAGGGCACGAGAUGCUGAGACGGAGCUGCAGCAGAGACGAGGAGAAGUGAGAGAUCUGGAAGAGAAAGUACGGAAAGCAGAGGAGGAGAGCAGCACCUGGAAAGCCAAACUGGACUCCUUCACCAAGGCCAUGGGCUCCUUGCAGGACGACAGAGACCGAGUGCUCAACAUGUACAAACAGCUGGAGGAGAAACACCUACAGGUGAUGUUGGAGAAGGAUGGUUUGAUCCAGGAGGCUGCAGGAGAAAACAACAGCCUGAAGGAAGAGCUUCGCUCUCUGCUGGCCCAGAGAGACGACAUGAACGCCGAACAGGCCAAGCUGUCCGCUCAGCUUCACGGCUACCGAGAUGAACUCAACCAAGUUUUAAGCAUGAAGGACUCGCAGCACAAACAACUCCUGGCAGCUCAGCGAGAGCAGAUCGCGUCUUUGGAGAGGGAACGCGAAGAGCUGGAAUCUCAGCUGAGGGUCAUGAGCAAAGCCAGAGAGGGAGAGAUUAGAAAAGUAGAGACUGAGACGGUUAGUCAGGCCUCUGACGUCGUAGCAGCCUCACAGGUGAUGGAUGCACCUGGAGCUGAAGUGGAGAAGCUGAGGGAACAGCUGCAGGCGGAGAGAGCCCGGGCCGAGGCUUUGGAGGAGCGACUCCUCACGGAGCAGCAAGAGCAUGAGAGCGAAAGCAGAGAGCUAGCCGAACUGCGGUGGGAGGGAGGCGUGAUGCGGACGGAGUCGGAGAGCGCUCAGGAGAGGGUGGCAGAACUGGCCCGAGACCUGCUGAUCGUGGAGCAGAGGUUGCUGGAGGAGACGGACACCACCAAGCAGCUGAGAGCCGAGAACCAGGCCUUCGCCAAGGCCAUGGCCUCCCUGCAGGAGACCAGAGAUGAGGCGGUGAACAAGGUCAGGGAGCUGAGCGUCAAACUGGAGGAGAUGAGCAAGGCGGGAGGCCCCGCGGCACGCAGUGGCCCUGCAGGCUCAAAGGGGGAGGUGUGGGGCCUGAAGAACGCCCUGCAAGCCCUGCAGAACGACAGGGACAGACUGCUGGAGCAGCUGAACGCGCAGGCGGCCGAGCUGCAGAGGCAGAAGUUAGAGCUGGCUCGGCUGGGAGCGGGAGAGCUGAUUAAAGUCAGCCAGGAGCUGCUGGAGGAGAAGAAGAAGAGCGAGGACAUGCUGGAGGCCAUGACGCAGCUGGAGAACAUGAUGGAGAUAAGAAAGCAAGAAGCAGAAUCCCUCAGGCUGGAGAGGAUGGACUGGAUGGCUCAGGCAGAGCAGCUGAAGCAGCAGACGCUCACCACGCUCUCAGAGAAAGACCUGCAGCUGCGGCAGCUCACCGCCAUGCUGGAGGAAGCUCGAGUCCAGAAGCCCAAGCUCAAACGAGAGCAGCUGCAGAGACAAGGCAUAGAGGAAGGAGACAGUCCUCCUGGGGCCCCACAGGAGCGAAGCAAUCUGUCCGUCAGCCAUUCCUCUAAAGCCGAGGUCGUGGAGUUACAGCGAAGAUUAGAAGAAGAGACUCAGCAGCGGCUGGCAGUGGAGGAGCAGCUGAUGGCGACGCAGGAUCGCCUCAAACGUCACAGCCAGGCUUCGUGGCACGCUGCAAACGACGGGGAUCACUCAGAGACGGCGGUUUUCAUCGAGCCGCCGGAAGGAGCAGUCACCCAGACCCGCAGAGGUGGCCCCAGCUUGUUACGCAUGCUCCGAGUCGCCUUCUGCUCCCGCCAGCGCACCCCUCUGCUGCUCAGCCUCUACCUGCUCACUGUGCACGUCCUACUGAUCCUGUGCCUGGGCGGAUACCUCUGAACAAAUGCUUCAAAUAAGAAGGGACACGCUCAUAAAGCAUGGAAAUGCCUCGGGAUAAUUCUUAAUGCGAAUAACUCAAAGAACGGUUUGAAGGAUGUUGCACUUUACAGUAAUUAAUCAUUUAGCCAAAGUAUACACAUAUACAGCAGUUUGUUUCAGCUGUUCUGGUCGUUGCGUCAUCAUGGGAGAUUUCAAGGGAGUUUUUUUUUUUUGUGUGUGUCAAACAACAAAGCACCAACCUUCACCUAUAGUUCUAGAUCAGCCUCCUUUUUUAGGGCUAAAGCCGCCUUCCUACACAUUAAAAGAGGCUGGAUAAGUUAGUUUGGGUGUCAAAUGAAAAGAGACACGAUCAAGUGUAUUUUAGAAGUGUUUACAUCAUGUGCCUUUUUUAGAUUCCAGCUUUGAAUUCUUUAAAGUUCAAAGAAAAGUUCUAGAAAGCGACAUGAAUUAAUUGGGAUUUCAUGGAAUGGACCAAAUGCAAAACAGAACCUGGUUGAGAAGUGGAAGGAGAACGAUACACAAUUUAAAAAACAACCGGAGGAUUUCACCCAUUUGCACUCAGCCCCACUGAGUCUUUACUUUGGCUGCUGUUUUUUUUUCUAUCAGGUUUAAACAUCCAGAGCUCAAAAUGUACAUUAGACCUACUUAUUUAGGUCUGGACUUUGACUAGGCCGUUCUAUCACAUGGAAACAAAACCAUCCUACUGUUUCUCAGCCUGUUUCUGUAGUUCUCCUCAGCCUAAAGCGUCUCAUUCUUAAAUUAUUCCUCCCUUGCACUGUGUUUAGCUUCACCUGUCUUCCUUAUGUUUAAGGGUAUAUCCUGUUAGCUUUUUAACUUUUUUACAUAUAUAUAGAAGCUCCUCCAGAGCUAACAUCAAGAUGUUUCACUAAACUCUCAUCAGGUUAAGUUUGUGGCCAUGUUUCGCCUUCACAGGACACUUAAAACUAUAGCUAACAUCGUUAGCUAGUUAGUUGGAACGUCGCACACAAGUUCAACAUAUUUACUCAUCAGAUAACUUCUAAUAUAAACUGAUUAUAUUUAGAGUUUACGGAGAAACAGGAGCUAAAAACCAAGUAAUGCUGCACAGUUCGGAUUUUUGCUAGCAUAAAAUUGCGCAUCGUGUUUCUUCCACUUCACAACUGAAUCCUGUUCAAGUUUUCUGCUGCAAUAAUAAUUAAAAAUACUUCAAGGGGUCCAAACACCUUUGUGGAGCAGCUUAAAUGACAGAAACCAUCUGUGAAAGAGGAAUUUGCUCACUAAAUAUGCUAAACUAGCUACCCUAAGCUAGCUACGGUUACCACCCUUUGCUACGCUAGCUGUUUUGAAGAAGCUGGAAUAUUUUUUUUAGACCAAUAACUUUUCAGUUGAGCUCAUGAUGUGAUUUUUAUCUCCUGCUAUCCUUGUUUUAUGCACAAAAAAGUGGAGCACGGUGCAAUUUUUCUGGCUUUACACAUUCCUGUAUCGUAUCUCCUUACAUUCAUUAUGCAGUUUGGUUGUUUUCGGGUACAGAUUAAUCUUUUAAUGUUUGUCUAAGAAAUGCAUUUCACUUAAUGUCCAUUAUCCUCUUGCUGUAUUCUAACGGAGGAGGUUCUUUUUUAUAAAUCUGUCUCAUUCCAUGACCUUAGAUUUUAUGUAAUUCCUUGUUGUGAAAUAUCGGUUAAAUCGGCCUCCAUAUCUAACGUCCCUAUCUAGAACACUGGGCUCUACUCGGCUACUACUCCGCUGUUACUCCCUUUAAAAUCCACAUUCUUUGAUCUUAUUCCUUCCUGUAAAUACAAAUAAAUAAAGUGUGAAGGGCUGUAAAUGGAAAAUAUAAUGUAAUCAAGGGAAUAGAAUCAAGGAAGGGAUUCCUCUUAUGUUUCUGGGUAGGAUUUUGUUUACAUCCUUGUUGGGAUCAUGGCGCCUCGAAGUCUGAACAUUUAUCUUUAUAUGAUAAUUAUGAACUGAAAAAUGAAGCUGGGGUUCGGGCCAACGGAAGAUUUUUUCCAGUAAGUACUGGUGUGGAUGAAACACUACAGUUGGUUUUGUUAAUGGCUGUUGGGGCAGAUUGUUACUGCUGACACGUUUGUGCUCAAAGCUUUUAAUAAAGGAUGUUUCUAAGUGGA